AUGUCGAGCUCUACUACUUCAGCAUCAUCCCGGAGGCGCAGCAUACGUAACCCCCUGCACAACCCCCUACCAGCCUCGCUAUCCAGCGAAUGCAAAAAGGCAGGCGAGAUAUUAGAAUCAUUCGUCAAUCCGCAAUUCUUCAGCCUUGACGUAGGAAUCCCACGCAAAGUUCUUGCUCACGCCAAGGGCCUCGCCAUCUUCACAUCCCUGAGAAUAGGAUUCUUGGGCUCCGCACGCUUUGGAUCCGGGCUUAUCGUCGCUCGUCUCUCCGAUGGCAGCUGGUCAGCCCCGUCUGCCAUGGCGACCGGUGGACUUGGAUUCGGAGGACAGAUCGGCAUUGAAUUAACUGAUUUUGUGUUUGUGCUGAACGACGAGCAGUCAGUAAGAACUUUCACCCAGGCAGGGUCUGUCACACUAGGCGGCAACGUUUCACUCGCAGCAGGCCCGUUCGGACGCACUGCCGAAGUGGGUGGUGCCUUGGGCAAGAAAGGGGUGGCGGGCAUGUUUGCUUAUUCCAAAACGCGUGGACUAUUCGGCGGGGCGACCAUUGAGGGUGGGAUGAUUGGGGAACGGCCAGAGGCUAAUCAGAAGAUGUAUAAAAGGAGGGUAAAGGUGAAGGAGUUGCUCAGCGGUGCGAUUCCACCACCGCCAGAAGCUGAGCCCCUGAUGAGUGUUCUGAACAAGGACACUUUUCGCGCUGAGUCGCCUUCUCCGCCGUCGAUGAUUCGGUCGCAGGAUAUUCACGACUAUAUGGCGGAAUUGCCUGCGCAGAAGGCGACUGACCCACCGGUGGGAAUUCCCGAGUUGGAUGCUGGUGAGGAUACUCAGGUACAUCCCCAGGUGACGGGGCUGCCAGCUAAGAAUCCGCUUGGUAAUCCUGAGAUACCGCCGGUCGAUGACCAGGUAACUCCUACACAGACUUCGAAUAAGUAG